UGGGGUCUGUUUUACCCCGGAGCUCCACCUGGCUUGUGGGAUUGUCGGUGCAUCCCAUCCUGGGGGGCACUGCUUGGACCGGAUUUGUCACCGAGGGGUCAAUCCCAGCUCCGAGCCCUCGGCUCCUGCUCCGAAUCCCGGGAUGGAGCCGCUGGCUCCCGCCGUCCUCCUGGCCCUGCUGGUGCUGGCCCUGGGACACCCCGACCCCGCGCUGGACCGGCACUGGGAGCUCUGGAAAAAAUCCUACGGGAAGGAAUAUCACCCCCAGGAGGAUUUGUUCCGUCGCCUGACGUGGGAGAAGAACCUGUGGCUGGUGACCCUCCACAACCUGGAGCACUCCCUGGGGCUCUGCUCCUACACGCUGGGGAUGAACCACCUGGGGGACAUGACCAGCGAGGAGGUGGCGGCUUCUCUGACGGGGCUCCAGCUCCGUCCCCGUCCCCGUCGGAAUUCCGCCUUCCCGGCCCGAUCCCGGCCUCUCGGUGACAUCCCCGAGGCGCUGGACUGGCGGGACAAGGGCUGCGUGACCGAGGUGAAGAACCAGGGCGCCUGCGGAUCCUGCUGGGCCUUCAGCGCCGUGGGAGCGCUGGAAGCGCAGCUGAAGCUGAAAACCGGGAAUUUGGUGUCGCUGAGCGUCCAGAACCUGGUGGAUUGCUCCGGGAUGUACGGGAACAAGGGCUGUGCCGGCGGCUUCAUGACGGAGGCGUUCCAGUACAUCAUCGACAACGACGGCAUCGAGUCCGAGGAGUCCUAUCCCUACACGGCUCAGAACGGGACCUUCACUCUACACGCCACCCCCCGCGCCGCCUCCUGCUCCCGCUUCGUGGAGCUGCCCGAGGGUGACGAGGCCGCGCUCAGGGAGGCCGUGGCCACCGUGGGCCCCGUGGCCGUGGCCAUCGAUGCCACCCGGCCCAGCUUCUUCCUCUACCGCUCCGGGGUGUUCGACGACCCCCAGUGCUCGCAGGAGGUGAACCACGCCGUGCUGGUGGUGGGAUACGGCUCCCUGGAAAACAAGGAAUAUUGGCUGGUGAAGAACAGCUGGGGCGUGCAUUUCGGAGACGCGGGCUACGUCCGCAUGGCGCGCAACGCCUCCAACCUCUGCGGCAUCGCCAGCUACGCCUCCUACCCGCUCAUCUAGACCUGCUCUGGACCUGGUCUGGAUCUGGUCUGGACCUGCUCUGGACCUCAUCUAGACCUGCUCUGGACCUGCUCUGGAUCUGGUCUGGACCUGCUCUGGACCUCAUCUAGACCUGGUCUGGACCUGGUCUGGAUCUGGUCUGGGCCUGCUCUGGACCUGCUCUGGACCUGCUCUGGACCUCAUCUAGACCUGGUCUGGACCUGGUCUGGACCUCAUCUAGACCUGCUCUGGACCUGCUCUGGACCUGGUCUGGACCUGCUCUGGGCCUCAUCUAGACCUGCUCUGGACCUGCUCUGGACCUGGUCUGAACCUCCCUCUAGACCUGGUCCGGACCUGCUCUACACCUGGUCUGGACCUGCUCUGGACCUGCUCUGGACCUGCACUCCAGGCGCCUCCCCAGAGCUCCAGAUUUCCGUGGAUCCCAUCCCAGCAGGGAUUCCUCCCCAUCCAGGGUCGCUUUCCAGGGCUGGUGGUUGGAUCUGUGGGCUGGGAGGGGAUCCGGGGCGUGGGAAGGGGGAAUGUUGUUCACAGGCACGAGGGAGUUCUUUUUUUGGGUGGGAAAUUUAAGGGUUUGGGAGUAAAGCGGCGAUUCCUGAAGGGAUUGGCCACAGGGAUCACUGGGAUCACUGGGAUCGGGUACCAGGAUCACUGGGAUCACUGGGAUCAUUGGGAUUGGAUACUGGGAUCACUGGGAUCAGGUACAAGGAUCACUGGGAUCGUUGGGAUUGGGUAAAAGGAUCACUAGGAUCGUUGGGAUUGGAUACUGGGAUCACUGGGAUCAUUGGGAUUGGAUACUGGGAUCACUGGGAUCAUUGGGAUCAUUGGGAUUGGAUACUGGGAUCACUGGGAUUGAAUACUGGGAUCACUGGGAUCAUUGGGAUCAUUGGGAUUGGAUACUGGGAUCACUGGGAUCAUUGGGAUCAUUGGGAUUGGAUACUGGGAUCACUGGGAUUGAAUAUUGGGAUCACUGGGAUCAUGGGAUCAUUGGGGAUCAUUGGGAUUGGAUACUGGGAUCACUGGGAUUGAAUACUGGGAUCACUGGGAUCACUGGGAUCAUUGGGAUCAUUGGGAUUGGAUACUGGGAUCACUGGGAUUGAAUAUUGGGAUCACUGGGAUCAUUGGGAUCAUUGGGAUCAUUGGGAUUGGAUACUGGGAUCACUGGGAUUGAAUACUGGGAUCACUGGGAUCAUUGGGAUCAUUGGGAUUGGAUACUGGGAUCACUGGGAUCAUUGGGAUCAUUGGGAUUGGAUACUGGGAUCACUGGGAUUGAAUAUUGGGAUCACUGGGAUCAUUGGGAUCAUUGGGAUCAUUGGGAUUGGAUACUGGGAUCACUGGGAUUGAAUACUGGGAUCACUGGGAUCAUUGGGAUCAUUGGGAUUGGAUACUGGGAUCCCAGGGAUCAGUGGGCUCACAAGGAUCAUUGGGAUCAGGCACUGGGAUCACAGAGAUCAUUGGGAUUAUUGGGAUCACUGGGAUCAUUUGGAUUGGGUACAAGGAUCACUGGGAUCACUGGGAUCAGGUACUGGGAUUACUGGGAUCACAAGGAUCAUUGGGAUCAGGCACUGGGAUCGCAAGGAUCACGGGAUCACUGGGAUAAUUGGGAUCACUGGGAUCAGGUACUGGGAUCACUGGGAUCACAAGGCUCCCAGGGAUCCCAGGGACCGUGGGUUCCUCCCUCCGGAGCUGCUGCGAUGCCAGACAUCGAUUUCCCUCCCUGUGUCGCUGCUGGAAUUGCAGAUACUCCAUGGAAAAUAAAAGCAUUUUGCAUUUUA